AUGCAACUAUAAAAAUCUAAAAUCAAGCCCCCAUUUUAACUUGAUGGUAUUGCUGCUGCUAAAUAAGGUAAAGUGCUUAAUUAUAAACCUGAGAAGGAUGUUCAUCUUGAAUAAUACUUUUAUAAUUUAAAUAUGCAUCAAAUGAUGAGAAGAUUAAAAUAGGAUAGAUUAAUUUAACGUAAUCUACCUCAUUCAUUAUCCAAAUCCUUUAAUUAGAACUCUGUAAUUAUUUGAAUUGCAUUUUGAGUAGAAUCCUUCCAAAGAUAAUCUUAAAUCUCGAUUAUUAAAAUCAACAUCACCUUUAGAUAAAUCGUUUGUUAAUGCCCCAAAUAAUACAUAAAUAUCUGAAAUAUCUAGAUCACUUUCAAAAGAACAUUUAGUAACAUUUCUUGAUUCCCUUAUUACUACUGUUCAGAAUGUUUAACAGUUAGUUAUUACAUACUUUCCUAAAGAAUUAAUUGAUCAACCUAUUAGUUAAUAACAAAAUGAAUUAGAAAAAAUUAAUCAAGCUACAAAACUCUUAACAAAAUAAUUAAGAGCAAACUCUAUAACUCAUAAAAGAUAAGUAGAAAAUAUUAAGACAUAAAAAAACUUUACUAAAUUAUCAUAAAUUUAAAAAGUUGAAAUAUCUACUGAUAGAGGAAGAGAAUAAUCUGUAAAAUAUAGUAAAACUCCAAAGAACAAUACGGUAAUCAUAAAUUAAAGAACCUCAGAAAAAAAUACUUAAAGAAAUCAAGUUGAAUAUGAAAAUAAUGAUUUUGAACCUUAUUAACCUUAACAUGAUAUAAUAGCAAAAUCAUAAUUUCAGAAUCUUGAUCUGCAUCAUUAUAAUAUAAAUUAGUAAUUCAAAUCUUAAUAAUAAAAUAAAAUAAUUUAAAGAGUUAAAUUGCCAACUCUUAAGUAGUAAUAAUAAUAACCUCAAAAUAAAUAUUAAAAAGAAAUUUAAUAAGUACUUAAAAAACCUAUAUAAAAAGGAAAUGAAAAAAUAAAUAAUUAACAAUCUCCUAUUCAUUUAUAAUCAAGAAGUGUUGGAAUCAAAGAUUCACUUUCAUAAAGAAACUAGUAGAAUAGCACAAAAUUUGAUUUUAAACAGAGAUCAAGAUUAUAAAAUAAUUCUUAGGGCAAUAGAAAGUAGGAUAAUAUUCCCAUAUAAAUUAAAAUUAUUGAUGUUGAUGUAUAAAAUGAAAAAAAAGAAUAAGAUGAAUCAAAUAUUAUGAAAGUUUCUGUAGAAACAGUUUAGAAUGUUAAUUAAAAUUUAAACAAUUAGUCUGGAAUAUCUUAAAUAUAAUUAGAGUAAGAACAUAACAAAAACGAAUUGGAUAAAAAAACAAUUUAAGAGACUGCUAUCUUUUAAACUAAAAAAUAGGAUUAAUAUAAAGAAACAUUUGAAAAGCUUGAUGAGAAGAAUGAAUUCAUAUUAGAAAGUCAAAAAAGUUCAAAAGAGAAGUAAGAUGAUAACAAAUAAAAUCAUGAAAAUUAAUAGAAAUUAUUAUAAACUAAGUAAUCUAUCAAAUUGUUAGAAAAUGAUAGUCAAAAUAAUUUCAUAAAAGUCAUUGAAAAAAAAAGUGGAAAUGAUAUUAUUAUCAAUCCAUUAGAAAUUAUUUAGGAUCAAAAAAAUGAUUAAUAAGCUAAUUCUUUAUUUGUAACUCUAGAACCCUCCGAACAAAAAUAUGAUUAAGAACCUUAAUGA